AGAUAACGUAGAAAGCUGUAUAUGAUUUUGACGUUUCAACACGUGUAUAUUUAAUAAUUUUCGGAAAAGAAGAAAAUGGGUAAAGCAAAGAAAUUAAAACCAUCCCAAAUGGGUAAAAAGGUUUCAUUGGAAGAACAACUCGAUGACGAUAAAUUCGCGAAGCCUAAAAAUCGAAAUAAAAUUAGGGUUCGAAAAGAUGAUCAUGAAAAGUUUGUUGAUGCAGAUUUAUCCAGGAAGAUUCUUUCCGCGGCGCGGGAACAACAAAUUGAGCUUGAAGAGGAAGCACAAAGUUUAGGAGAAAAUGUAAAUGAAGUUUUAACUCAAUUGGAUGAUGAUUCCGAUGUUGAGUCAGAAUGUGGACAACCACCAGAUUCGGAUAAAUUUUACGAAGAGUUAGAGAUUGAUGAGGGUGAUGAAAAAGCAAUGGAAAUAUUUAUGAGUAAAAAUCCCACACCAAAAAGGACCUUAGCUGAUAUAAUAAUAGAAAAAAUUACUGAAAAACAAACUGAAUUAGAUACUAAAUUUAGUGAUGCUGGUUCUUUACAAAUACAAGAUAUUCACCCAAAAAUUAUAACUUUAUAUGAAGGGGUUAGAGAUGUUUUAAGGAAAUAUAGAAGUGGAAAAUUACCUAAAGCUUUUAAAAUAAUCCCAACAUUACGAAAUUGGGAACAAAUUUUAUACAUAACCGACCCUCCAAGUUGGUCAGCAGCUGCUAUGUAUCAAGGAACACGAAUUUUUGCAUCCAAUUUAAAAGAGAAAAUGGCACAACGAUUUUACAACUUAGUUUUAUUACCGAGAAUUCGAGACGAUUUAGCUGAAUAUAAAAGAUUAAACUUCCAUUUGUACCAAGCGCUGAGAAAGGCUUUAUAUAAACCGGCUGGUUUUAUGAAAGGAUUUUUAUUACCACUCUUAGAAAGUGGAUCUUGCACAUUACGAGAAGCUAUCAUUGUUGGAUCUGUUAUAGCUAAAAAUUCAAUUCCAAUAUUACAUUCAUCAGCUGCUAUAUUAAAAAUAGCUGAAAUGGAUUAUACUGGAGCUAAUUCUAUUAUGCUUAGGAUAUUUUUUGAUAAAAAAUAUGCUUUACCUUAUCGAGUUGUUGAUGCUGUUGUAUUUCAUUUUUUGAGGUUUGAAAGAGAUUCAAGGGAAUUACCUGUUCUAUGGCAUCAAGCUUUUUUGACGUUUGUGCAGAGAUAUAAAGCUGAUAUUUCUAGUGAACAAAGAGAUGCUCUUUUGCAGCUUCUUAAGAAACAAUCUCAUCCAACAAUUACAGCUGAGAUUAGGAGGGAAUUGCAGAAUGCUAAGUGUAGGGAUGUUGAAGGGGAACAACAAGCUAUGAAUGUUGAUUAAAAUGUUUAGUUUAUAAAUAAAAAUAAAAGAUUAUGAUAAGGUU